AUGGACCUGCCUACAGCUGGUAAUGAUUGCAAGAACAAUGAUCACAUCAAUAAUUUGAUAGCUGCAAAAAAAUCAUUAAAGCUUAGUUUAGAGAAAUCGAAAGUCCUCGGAUUGGCUCUUGAAAAGGCUGGAAAAAUAUUAGAUGAGAUCAACCGAAGACUGCCUUCCUUAGAAGCUGUUGUCCGCCCAAUCCGUGCCGACAAAGAUGCCCUUGCUGCUGUUGGGGGUCACAUUAACCGAGCAGUUGGCCCGGCUGCGGCAGUGCUUAAGGUUUUUGAUGCCGUUCAUGGACUUGAAAAGUCUCUGCUUUCAGAUCCUAGGAAUGAUAUUCCUGGGUAUUUAUCUGUGUUAAAACGCCUCGAAGAGGCAUUGAGGUACCUGUCCAAUCUGAAGAAAUCGCUCAAAGGGCUAAGGGAGUUGCAAAAUGAUGGGCAAAGAAUAUAUCUUGAUAGUGGGCUUUUAGAUUCUGCAUUACAUAAACUGGAAAGUGAGUUUAGACGACUUUUGAUGGAGCGUAGUGUUCCCCUUCCGAUGUCAUCUCUGUCACUAGGUGAACAGGCAUGCAUUGCGCCAUCCCCUUUACCUGCGACUGUUAUUCACAAGUUGCUAGCAAUUCUUGGUAGGAUGAUUGCUAAUAGUAGACUUGAGAAGUGCAUUACGAUCUAUGUUGAAGUUCGCAGUUCAAAUGUCAGAGCUAGUUUGCAGGCACUUGAUAUGAAUUAUCUUGAUAUCUCGGUCUCGGAUUUCAAUGAUGUGCAGAGCAUAGAGGGGUAUAUUGGACAAUGGGGAAAGCAUUUGGAGUUUGCCAUAAAGCAUUUGUUCGAGGCUGAGUUUAAACUUUGCAAUGAUGUUUUUGAAAGGAUUGGUACAGAUGUUUGGAUGGGAUGCUUCUCGAAAAUAGUUGCUCAAACUGGUAUUCUUGCAUUUCUUCAGUUUGGGAAGACUGUUACAGAAAGUAAGAAAGAUCCUAUAAAGCUUCUGAGGUUGUUGGAUAUAUUUGCAUCACUGAACAAAUUGAGAUUAGAUUUCAACCGGCUCUUUGGGGGAGAAGCAUGUGUUGAGAUACAAAAUCUGACAAGAGAUCUCAUUAAGAGAGUGAUCGACGGUGCAGCUGAAAUUUUCUGGGAACUAUUUGUUCAGGUGGAAUUACAGAGGCAGAGUCCACCUCCUCAGGAUGGGAGCGUUCAAAAAGUGGUGAGUUUUAUAACUGAUUACUGCAAUAAACUUCUUGGCGAUGAUUAUAAGCCAAUUCUGACUCAAGUUCUGGUCAUUCACCGAAGUUGGAAGCAUGAAAGAUUCCAAGAAAGGAUUCUUGUUAACAAGGUUUUGAAAGUAAUCAAGGCGAAAAAUAGUAAAACGGGGAGUUUGCAAUAUAAGAUUUAA